UCUCUCCGGCAACCGAUCACGAGCGAGGCGCGCGGCUGAUGGCUGACCACCGUCACUCAUUCAGCAGGACUGACCAACCGUCUCGGCUGCCUGGUGCAGCUCACCCCGUCAUAUUUCUGUCAGACAACGAUAAGCAGGAGACCCUGUGAAGCCCAUCUCUCUUCCCGGACACUGCUGUUGUGGACGAUCGUUGUUGAUAUCCUGCUCGACCAAGGAUAUUUGUUUUGUUCUCUUUGCGUGUAAACCUGACUCUGAGACAACGAUGAAGCUCUCAUCACUUGCCGUUGGCGCGUCAGCCGUGCCUGCAGCACUGGCCUGGGGCGGCUUCGGCCACAUCAGCGUCGCCUACCUGGCCAGCAACUUCGUGUCGCCGGCGACGACGUCCUACUUCCAGGCGCUGCUGGGCAACGACACGGGCGACUACCUCGCGGGCGUGGCGACGUGGGCUGACUCUGUGCGCUACACCAAGUGGGGACGGUUCUCCGCCGACUUCCACUUUAUCGACGCCAAGGACGACCCGCCGUCGUACUGCGGCGUCGACUUCGACCGCGACUGCAAGAAGGACCGCGGCUGCGUGGUCAGCGCGCUGUACAACUACACGACGCGCCUGCUGGCCACCGACAACGACGCGGCGGGCGGCGAGCUGCCCGCGUCGGAGCGCGCCAUCGCCGCCAAGUUCGUCGUGCACUUCGUCGGCGACAUCCACCAGCCGCUGCACACGGAAAACGUGGCGCGCGGCGGCAACGGAAUCCCCGUGACGUUCGGCGGCGCCCGGUUCAACUUGCACCACGUGUGGGACACGAGCAUCGUGGAGAAGCUGGUGGGCGCCGCCGCGCACCGGCGGCCGUACGAGGCGGCGAAGCGGUGGGCCGACGAGCUGACGGAGGAGAUCAACGGGGGCAAGUACUCCCAGGACCGGAUCGACUGGCUCAGGUCUGCGAACCUGUCGGAUCCCAUCGCCACCGCCAUUGAGUGGGCAACCGAGUCGAACGCGUUCGUCUGCACGACGGUCAUGCCCAACGGUCCGGAGGCCAUCAAGGGCCAAGAACUGGGGUCAGACUACUACGAAGCCGCCGCCCCGGUGGUCGAGCUGCAGAUUGCGCGGGCGGGAUACCGGUUGGCAGCCUGGCUGGACCUGAUCGUUUCGAGCAUCAACAGUCAAUCGUCGCCGGGCGAUCUGUAGGUGCACUGUUAUUGUUUGUCGCGCUUGUCAGAGCAUCUCUGCAGGAUGAG